AACAACGAGUUGCAGCCCCCUGUUGUGGAAAAUAGUUUCAUGGUUUCGUUCGGUCAUGCUCUGCAUAUGUACAGAAUCUUGAGGACAAUGACAGUGAACUAAUGGUGCUAUCUACUGUGUAUGCACAAAUUGUACAAAGUGUCUAAUACCUGUGCAAGUGAAAGGAUGCGGCCCAUGAAGAUUGACCGUAGCAAGCUAAAGAAGAGCUCGUCUGAGGUCCCCCCUUGACUGCAAGCUGCUUGUGGAGAAGCUCAAGGGCUGCACGCAAGAGGAGCUGUUAGUGGAAUUGGCAGCUGUCCGUACUGGAACUGUGGGAAGUGUGAGCUGUACCACUGGAUCGAGGUUCUGGACCUGUUUGAUACACUGCUGGAGAAAUCAUGCAAGACAACCAGAGAGGGCCAGUGGUGUCUGCCUUGCGAACCUUCCCGGCCAAGAGCAGAUGAAGGCACUUUUGCUGCUCAUUCUGCAGUUUACAGCCCUUCUGAUCGAGCACAGUUUUUCCAGGCAUCUCUACAACUCGAUGGAGCACUUGACGGCACUCCUCUCCUCAAGCAACAUGCAGGUUGUGCUUGGGGUGCUCAACUUGCUCUAUGUCUUCAGCAAAAGAUCCAAUUUCAUCACUCGCUUAAACCCUGAGCGACGCCAGACUCUCCUCACAAGGCUUACCUACCUCGCUGAGAACUGGGGUGGCAAGGAGAAUGGCUUUGGGCUAGCAGAAUGCUGUCAAGACCUGCCAGCACAUAAAUAUCCUGCGAGUGCUACCACGUUGCACUUUGAGUUCUAUGUGGAGCCUACAGAACAUGGAACGAAACAGGGUGGCUCAACAAACACAGUCUCCUGCAUCCAUUUAGAAAACGUCGACAAGAUAAUAUGCAAGAACCCUUCUCAAAUCAUGGAAGAAUUAGUGGAAACAUACAGCGUGCCUGCUUCAAAGCAGAUGCUGCUGCUGACUCAUGUACGUCUUGCUCACAGCUUCUCCAACUACAGUAAACGACUUCAGUGUGUGCAAGCUCGUUUGCAGGCUCUCUCAAUCUUAGUCUACUGCAGUGCCAUCCAGGAGAACGUUAACAGUCUACUGUACAAUGGCCUCAUUGAGGAACUGGUGGAUGUCCUGGAACUGAAGGACCCUAGCCUCAUUCAAAUCAAGGCUGCUGCUUUGCGUACCUUAACAUCCAUAAUCCAUUUGGACAGGAAUCCUAAGCUUGGAGCUAUCAUCGAUGCAACGGGAGCAGCAUCUUACCAUGGCUUCCUGCCAGUGCUGGUGCGCAGCUGCAUUCAGUCCCUGACAGAACCCGGCUCUGACCCAUUCCAUCUUCCUUUUGCCACGUCCCUCUUUUCUUUCCUCUACCAUCUGGCCAGCUAUGAAAGCGGUGGUGAAGCGUUAGUGUCUUGCGGCAUGGUGGAAUCAUUGCUGAAAGUUAUUGGAUGGCAUGGCACAGAACCAGAGCACAUCACUUUCGUCACUCGAGCAGUACGUGUAAUUGACCUCAUCACAGGACUGGAUAUGCAGACAUUCCAGGCACAUGGAGGUCUUAACAGUUUCAUUCGGCGCCUUGAGCUGGAAGUUGAGCACUGUCGACAGGAACAGCCUUAUGUAAUUCGACCGAGGCAUCGAGAACCCUCUGUUGAGGGUUCCUCUGCUGCUCAGACUCCUAUGGAGGUGGACGUCCCAGGAAGGGUAGCUGCUAGAGACCCAUGUACAGAGUUGCAGACUGAAGCAACCCCGGUGGCUUGUGAUGAAGAGGAGCCUCGUAGAGGUCUCCAGUGCUUCCCACAAAGGGCAGCAUUGCUCAAGUCCAUGCUCAACUUCCUCAAAAAAGCAAUCCAGGACCCUUCAUUUGCUGACAGCAUUCGACAUUUGAUGGAUGGAUCCUUACCUCGUUCCCUCAAGCAUAUAAUCAGCAAUGCAGAAUACUAUGGACCAUCUCUCUUCCUGUUAGCUACUGACGUGGUGACAGUGUACGUGUUCCAGGAGCCUUCGCUGCUUUCUUCCUUGCAGGACAAUGGAUUAACAGAUGUGGUUCUUCAUGCCCUGUUGGUUAAGGAAGUUCCCGCCACUCGUGAGGUCCUGGCAUCUUUGCCAAAUGUGUUCAGUGCCCUGUGUCUCAAUGCCAGGGGUCUCCAGGCAUUUGUAGCGUGCCGCCCGUUUGAGCGUCUGUUCAAGGUACUCCUGUCACCGGACUACCUCGGGGCAAUGCGUCGUCGUCGUUCCUCAGACCCCAUGGGUGAUACAGCCUCCAACCUAGGCAAUGCCAUGGAUGAGCUGAUGCGACACCAGCCCAGCCUUAGAGUCGAUGCCACAGCAGCUAUCAUCAAGCUGCUGGAAGAAGUGUGCCUGGUGGGACGGAACCCAGCCUAUGUGUGCUCCAAGCCAGUUUCUAAAACUGAAACAGUGGGUGGUCAGGGGUCUGCCGUGGGUAAUAGUGGCAGGGGUUCAGCCCUUCCCAAUGAUGCUGGUUCCUCUGAUGAAGAGGAGGAGGAGGAUGAUGUGGAUCCCCCUACAGUGCCUUCCACACCUAAGGCUGAUGGCAGUGUUGGCAAAGCCACUCAUGGAGGCUCACAACUGGGUGCUUCCGACACACCCGAAGCCAGGGUACCUGUGCCGCUUGUCGACUACAUUCUCAAUGUGAUGCGUUUUGUGGAUGCCAUCCUGAGCAACAACUCUACAGAUGACCACUGCCGGGAAUUUGUGCAACAGAAAGGCCUGGUGCCCCUUUUGGGUAUCUUAGGGCUGCCCAAUCUGCCAGUGGACUUCCCUGUAUCUCCUGCGUGCCAGGCGGUUGCUUCGGUCUGCAAGUCUAUUCUGAAUCUGGCCCACGAACCUGAAGUUCUGCAACAAGGUCUUUCCCACCUCCGUACUGUUUUGGGAACACUAGAUCCACUUCACAAGCCCUUGGAAUCCCCUGGGGGCUCUGUUCUCUUAGAGGAACUUCUGGCUUCAGGUGCAGAUGCAACAGAAAAGGCUGGAUCAUCCCCUUUGCUGCAUGCAAUGUCUGCCACACAUGCCUACAUUGUCAUGUUUGUGCAUGUGUGUCGUACUGGACAGAGUGAGAUACGCUCCAUCUCAAUGAGCCACUGGGGUUCUGAGUUGGGCCUUUGCGUGCUGCGGGGGCUGUCUCGCCUGUACACUUCCUUGGUGUGGGAAAGCACGGUGCUCCUGGCCUUGUGUAAUGAUGCUGCUCUACCUCCUGGAUGCCCUUUUGGACGACUGCAACUACAACGCCUACAGGCCAUGCAUGCAGCCAUUGAGGCUCCCGGAGACAGCCCGAUGGAGGUUGAUGAAGCAGAAAACAAGGGUAGCAAGGCAAAGGCAGCUGUCAGGCAAAUAAAGCCCCUUCUGACAGGAGCUUCACGUCUUGGUCGAGCUCUUGCCGAGCUGUUUGGCCUCUUGGUCAAGCUUUGUGUGGGCUCACCAAUGCGCCAACGACGAGGUCAGCAGGUGCCUCCGUCGCCCACGUCUCCAUCUCCCUCUGCUCGUGCAGUUGCCUCGGCUCUUACACGACUCCUUGCAAGUGGUCUCUCAUGGGAGCCCCCUCUCACUUCACCUUUGCCCAAGUUUCGGCUGACCUUCUACAUCUGCUCGGUUGGCUUCACGUCUCCAAUGUUGUUUGACGAGCGCAAGUAUCCCUACCACCUCAUGUUACACAAGUUCCUCUCUUCUGGUGGGCAGGACGCCUUCUUUGAGACAUUUAACUGGGCGUUGAGCUGUGGUGGCAAGGUGGCACCAUCUGAAGGCAUGGAGAGUCCAGAGUUGCCUGAGGGCACAGGAGAGUUCCUAGAUGCAUGGUUGAUGCUACUGGAGAAGAUGGUUAAUCCUAAGAUGGUGUUGGAAUCUCCUCACACACUGCCAGCAGGGGGAGGUCCCUCCUUUGAUCCGGUCCUGUACCUGAUCCACACCCACAAACGAGCCUUCGACGCCAUGAUGCAGUUGUGGGACCGCAAGCCCCUCAAAGUAUAUGGAGACCGCAUGUCAGAGUCCAUGCUGGCCAUCUUAUGCCACUUACUUCGUGGGGAAGCGCUCAUCAAAGAGAAACUAGAAAAAGAAGCUGAGCCUCCGGCAGCGAGCAAUAACACUGUGCGACCGACGCUUCCUCCCCCAGGUGGACCGACACUGCAGGAGGAAGUUAACCAAGACCACCUUCAGCAGCUUAUGGACAUGGGAUUUUGCCGUGAAUUAGCCACAGAAGCAUUGACCCACUCUGCAUCCCUGGAGCAGGCAACUGACUACUUGCUUAGUCAUCCAGUGCCACCACCUGCAGUGACUCUGCAACCCUCUUCCGAACUCGAAGGUGCACCGAGCCUUGAUCUGGCAGGUAUGGAUUUAGAAAUGUCUGAGGAAGAUCAGAUGAUGCGAGCCAUUGCUAUUUCGCUAGGAGAAAAUGUCCUAGUCUCACAGGAUGGAUCAGAAGUGAAGAAGGUGGAAGAAGAACGUGAACAAACACCAGAGGAUCCACUGGACCCCGCUAUAAUUGACUCGUUCACCAAGAGGAUGCUGCCAGGAUGCCUCCGUCUUUUGGACACACUCCCAGACACCGUCUACAGGGUCUGUGAUUUGCUGGUGGCUGUGGCAACCCGCAAUGGAGAGGAGUGGAGGGAUAACAUGCUGGCAGGUCUCUUGCAAGAGGUGAAAAGCUCUGUGGGUGUGCUGCUUGAAGGAGGUGAACUACCGCUAGAGGAGAGAGCAUCUCGGUUAACCACCCUUCCAGAAGCCAACAUGGCGGCUGUUCGCAUCCACCUCUUCUCCCUUCUCUUUGAGGAAAUGCGUGCUCCGUGUGCUGCUCUGAUGGAAGAACAUCAGCUGGUUGACAUCCUGGUAAGCCUAAUGGAUGCUACCUACCAGGUACUGCCCAACAAAGAAGGUGUCACACCCAAGUGGUUGGUCUCUCUUGUUCUGUUAAUUGACCUGUACGAGAAAGCAUCCGUGGCUUCCAAGCGAAGAGGCCCUCUGCUCCAGCUAUCGAAGCGUCAAUGGAAGUGGUUUGAUGACCGCACAGGACGUUGGAACACGUACACAUCCAGCAACAAUAAAGCAAUUGACGACGCUUACUGUGCGGGAGAAGCCAACGUGCACUUUACCGCUGGCAGGCGGAAGUACACCGUGCAGUUUUCAACUAUGGUACAGAUAAAUGAGGAAACUGGCAACUGGCGGCCAGUCAUGUUAGCGUGGGAUGGAAAGGCACCCGUUGCAACACCAGUCAACAGAGGUGGCCUCACGCCUGAGCAGUGCUCUACUCUUGUCAGGGCAUGCGUUGGACUCGUUGGAAUACCCGUGGAACCAGAUACGCUGCAUGGUGUCCUGCGGCUGCUGCUGCGUUUAACACGCUGUCAUGAAGCAGCCUCGGCAUUUGCCUCUCUGGGUGGACCCCGGCUCCUUCUGGGACUAACUCAGGCCUCUGCCUUCUCAGGAUUUGCAUCACUUGCCUCUCUCCUGGUGCGGCAUGUUAUUGAAGAACCGCACACUUUGGCUCAUACCAUGGACAAGGUGAUUCGCACCAUGACAAGUGGUGGUAGCAGCCCCAUGAGUUCCAAGGAGCUCCAUUAUGUGCUGAGGGUGUUGGGCCCUGCAGCGUGCCGGGAUGCCGCCCUGUUUUGUGAUGUGGCCACCAGUAGCCUUCGCAUCUCCCUCCUUCCUACCUCUAAAAGAGAUGGAGAGGAUAGCCGCUACACUGGUGCCAAUGCGGUGCAAAUUUUGAAGUGUGUUCCAAGCAAACCUCCAGGGAAUUCUUCAGUUGGAAGCCUCGUGUCACAAGUGGUUAGCGACCUCCUGAAUGUACUACCAGUUAAGCCUCCUCAGCCACCUGAAGUGAGCAACGAUGCAGCAACACCUGAAGCUGUAUCGGAACAACUGUCUGGCUCUCAGCUACCUAAUGGAACUGCUGAGAUAGUGCGUGAAGGGAGUGCUGGGGACCUGCUCGAAGAAGACGUAGAACAGGGAGGAGAAGCAAAGGAGGCUACAUUACGUGGUGAUGCACCCAAAGAGGACAAGAGCCAGCCCCUUCUUCCAAAGUCUUCCAUCUGCAGGCUGCUAGCGGAACUGGUGCGCUCUUACGCUCCAUGUGCCAAGAUGGUUGCUGAGCACAUGUAUACUGCUGGUCAGACGGAGCUUGUGUCUGAGGACACAAGUGCACUAGGCUUUGUUUUGGACCACCUGCUCCCUCCUUGCCAGAAAGCUGGUGACAAAGACACUCCUGCACUGGCCCGUGUGCUAGUGGCAGCACUGGCUGCAUCCAACCACUCUCCUGAUACUCAGACAGCCCUUGUCAAUGAGGUGAAGGGGUCCCUCCAGCGUGCUCUUGCAUUGCCUGAGAGCCAGGAGAAGCAUGUUCGCUUGCAAUCCUUGGCAUCUUUAGUGGGCACUAUGAUUGAGUCAUGCCCACCAGCUCAAGGUGGUCCAACAUCAUCAGCACCUUCUUUCAGACAGCAUCAUUCCAGCAUGAACAACAUGGUACGAGUGCUGCUGCGAAGAGGACUUGUGACGGACCUUGCUCGCAUCCCACACAGCUUGGACUUGUCCUCACCACACAUGGCAGCCACUGUUAACGCAGCACUCAAGCCCCUAGAGACCCUCUCUCGGAUGGUGAACUUGCCUUCACAGGCAACUCGGGGACGCAAGAACUCCUCCCGAACGCUCUUGGCCUCGCGUGAUGCUCGCAGAGAAGAUGAGGGUGUCCAAGAUGGAGCUGUGGAAAGCCGCAAUGCCGGAGAGCUAAGUUCAUCAGAAGCAACCAACGCUUACGGAGAAGUAACUGUAGACGACAACACAGACAGUGAAACUCACGUGGUGUCAGAAGAAGCUGCUGGGAAUGAUGGUGUGGAUCUCGUUGGAAUCAUGGACGUCCUCUUGGAUCAUCAGGGUGGGACUGGUGAAGCAAGUGGCCCCGAUGCCUUGGGUGAUUUUUCUUUUCCACUUUUCUCCAACAAUGAGGAAGGCAGUGGGACUGACCAGGCAGAGCUAGUUCUCAGCAUGGAUGCAGAAGAUCAGCAUGACUCUCAACAUGACAUGGAAGAUGUCCAUCAGGAAACAACAGACUCUGAGAGCAACUCUGAAUCUGGUCACAGCGAGGAUGAUGCAGAACAAGAUGAGGAACCUGAAGAAGAUGGUGAUGAGGAGGAUGAGGAGGACGAAGAGGGAUCUCAGUUUGAGGCAGAAGAGUACCAGGACAUUGAAGAGGCUCUGUUCCGCAUGCAGGACAGAGAUGACAAUCUCUUCUUCCACUUUGAGGAGGUGUUUCCUUCGUCUGGCGAGCCUGGAGCAUCUAUCAUGUUUGGGGGCACAGAAGGCGUCCGCACCUACCAGCUCCCCAUUGUCCCAGAUGAAGCAAAUAAUGGUGCUGAAGCAAGUGGCCCCUCAAUUCCACCACCCCCGGGAACUGUUGCAAGCACUCAUCCACUGCUUGUCCGUCAUGGAGAGGCUGGUGGCACGGGAGUGUCAUCUCGGGUACACAGACGUCCUCGGGGCUACCGAGCUGGUACCCACGGAGGGAGUGCGGCGGCGGCGGGCACAUGGCACGUCUAUGCCAACCGUCAUCCCAAUCCUCCAGCCAUCCUGCAGAGGUUGCUGGGCCCCAAUACGGCACAGGAUAUACUGCAGUUGACGUCCUCUUUUGUUCCGGUUACUUCAUCAACGGCACAAACCAGAGUAGUGUUUGCUAACAGUGACUUCCGUAUUCUGGCCACAGAUGAGGACAUAUUUGAGAUACAGGACCAAGGGACAUUUGUGUCCAGUGGUGGAGGCACAGGCACUCUGGCCAAUAUUCCAACAGCACUGGUGCGGUGGACGGAAGAGUCACGUGUGCUUGACGGGGACAGCAUGCACGACUGUGUUACAGGUUUAAAGCCAGCCAUUCUGGAGGUUCUAGAAAAGUUUCGGGAUGAAGAGCUGGCUGAGUGGCGGGAAAAACGUCGGCGUUCGCAGGAGCAGCAGCAGCCAGGUGAUACCAGAGAAGAACAGACCCAAGAGGUCGAGGGCAGCCCAACCACUACCGCUCUGGUGGGUCUCAUCCCAGACUGUAGCAUGGCAGCUACGACAUCUACCCCGACAUCAACGGCUGUUACAUCAACGCCUACAUCUGCAGUCACUUCUGUGGGUGGCACAGCCUGGACGACAACUGCUGCUGAUACAUCUGCUCCACCUACAUCAACAGAGCCGUCACUAGCAGGAACUGAACGAUUGGCAGCAUCCAUCGUAGAACGGGUGCUUGGGCCUGCUCUCUCUAUGACUUCUACCCCUCAAGCAGUGCGGCUUCCACCUUUGACCUCAACGCCACCUAUCAGCUGGCUGGAAGGCUUAGGGAGCACUGCCCUGUCUGCUGUCACCACCGCUUUACAGCAGUCAAGUUCCUUACCAUCUUCUAUCUUGAGCUCCCUUUCCUGCCCUAUGGACACUUCAGAACCAGCUCAAAGAAGAUCAGAGGAUGCAGAACAGGCAAAUGCAGAUCCAGCCACACCUGCAGGUGAAACUGUUACUGAGAGGCCUCUGGUUGAAUCUUUGUCUACACCCCAACCAGAGGAAAGGGAAAGUGGGCCAGCAGCCCCUGGGCCGUCUGCAGGAGCAAAUGACUUCUCAAGUAUCUUGGGAGGUAAUAUGGAAAUUCCAGAAGGUGUGGACCCAUCCUUCUUGGCAGCGUUACCUGAGAACAUCCGUCAGGAAGUGAUAGCGGAACAGUUACGGCUGCAGAGGUUGCGUAACCGUGCCCAGCAGGCAGCGGCCACCACGUCAGCCACUCUUGAAGGCACUAGCAGCUUCACGGAAGUGAACCCAGAGUUUCUAGCUGCGUUGCCUCCAAACAUUCAGGAAGAGGUUCUGGCACAGCAGCGGGCCGAACAGCAACGAUUGGCUGCACAGAACUGCAACCCAGAUGCUCCAGUUGAUCCAGCUACGUUCAUCCAGACCUUGCCUCCUGGGCUUAGGCAGCAGGUGCUGGCAGACAUGGAUGAUUCUCUGUUGGCGCUGCUGCCGACUGACCUGGCCUCGGAAGCACACAACUUGCGCAGGGAGUUGGAGGCUCGCCACCGACAGAUGCAGGAGCGCUUCUUUUCUUCACAUGGUGGAACAGCCCUGUCUCGCAUUUUGCGCACAGCAGGGAGAGUGGGAACACGCUACACGAUACACACAGUGCCACACCACAGAGGCCAGUGGACAUGGAAUGCCCUGUCUAGCCGUGGGGGUGCAGGUGCUACGGUGUCUGGGGGCACAGCCAGAGGACGACAACUGCUGGAUCAUGAAGCCCUGGCCUGCCUCCUUGUGCUUCUUUUUGUAGAUGAGCCACGUUUGAAUGUCGGAAGGCUGCACAGGGUACUCAGGAACCUCUGCUACCACCCACCAACUCGGCUCUGGGUUAUCAAGUCACUGCUGUCAAUCCUGGAAAGAACCAAAGAACAGAAAUCCUCUUCAGAAACUGCACACCACCAUGGGAAAAAGUCCGCCAAGAUGCAUGUCCAGAGCGACACAAGGCUAUCUCAACCUUCGUGGCUGUCCAUUAGCCUGGAUGCCGCACUUGGUUGUAGAACAAGCGUGUUUCAGAUCUACCGGCAGUCAGGUUCCCGACGUCCCUGCCCUCAGGUCACCAUUCAUCCGCAGGCCUCACCUAUUGUGUGCAGGCAUGUGUUGGACACCCUGAUUUCUUUGGCCAAAAGCUUCCCAGUGCACUUUCUUCCCGAGAAGGUGCGUGCGGGAGGUGUGGGAAUACCUAGCAAUCGCACAAAACCUCCUCCUGACCGGGACACUGAUGUGUGGAGUGUGUUAGUCCGCCUUGAUGGGGGAAGUUCUGGUGGGACUUCGAAGCGUGCACUGCGCAACUCUGUGGUUCCCCCCGCAGAAGAGGAAGGUACCUUUGAAGGAUCUCCACUUGCUCAGCUUAUGUUGUUGCUGGCACAUCCUGUACUCAAGAGGAGCUCCCAGUUGACUGACAGACUGCUAAGGCUGCUGGCACUUGUGUCACUAGCUAUACCUGACCAGGUUACUGAGCCUGCAGCUCCACCAGUACCUGCAAACACUACUGCUUCCUUAGACUUGGAGGGGGCAGUGUUGGGCCGUGCUACAGAGGUGCCUUCAUGCUCCAGACAAGAUCCUCGAUCUGGCACACCAGCAGCCACUGUUGUUCCCCAACCAGCUCCCAAGACACCUCAGCCAUCUGCAGAUGAGAAUCAGGAACUUGAAAAAGCCGUGCUAGAGCAACAUCUAAAACUGGCUGUUGAGGCAUUGACAUCGAAAGCUUGCUCAGAGGAAGGUCUUGAGGAUGCUACAGCAUUGCUGCUGCGUCUUUCACGUGGCUGCCCGUCAGCACGGCAGGUGGUGUUGAGGCUGCUCAUGGAUGGAGCAAGGGAUCUGGGAUCUACUGUAGCCACCUCGAUUGGGGCACUGCUGUCUGAGCUACGAGCACUCAAUACAAGGCUGGCCAAGGAACGGCGAGCUCUUGAAGAAAGUGAAAGGGAUGCUGCACGACCUGCAGGUUCAAACGCUCGCCCUGCUCCAGGAACCAUCCAGGACCGCUUUACGUGCUCUCCUGUCGUGAUUGUGACUCGGGGGACGACUGCAAACAGUCGGGCCAAAGGAGGUCGUGAACUACAGCUCCCCUCGAUGGCAGCACUUACGUCCAAAAUGUCUUCUCAAGCUUUCUUUCUGCGUGUGCUCAAAGUUGUGAUCCAGUUGCGAGAAGCUGUGCUAAGCUCAUUACAAAAAGCGUCUGCUCCAUGUGACCAACCAGCCUCUACAGCACCUGUCGGUUCAACAGCCGGAAUUGGCGAAGGUCGAACUGCAGUCAUGGAUGUUGAUGGGGUAAACCGGCCCGCAGCAGCAUGCAACAGUACGACUUCUGAACUUCCACCAUUAAGCGAAGAACUGCAACUAGAGGGCUUGUGGAACACACUCAGUGAUUGCCUGCGGGAGCUAGCAGACACUCAGGACCAACAUGCUGUUCUUGUACUGCAGCCUGCAGUGGAGGCAUUCUUUCUCGUACAUGCAGCUGCACCUCCUGGUCCACCUGGUGCACGAGAUGCUGCAAGGCGUCGAGAGUAUCGCUCUGAAAGUAGGGAAACUCAGUUGGCUCACAUCCAUCAAGAGAUGGCACCCCUCUCACCGUUACCAGACCUGCAGCAUGCAGCUGAUGCAAGCAGCAGUGGUACAGAGGGCCUUCCUCCAGACGUGCAUAAGUUCCUGACUUUUGCGGAGACACAUCGUACAGUGCUGAACCAGAUUUUGCGGCAGUCCAACAGCCCUCUUGCAGAAGGGCCAUUUGCUGUCCUAGUAGAUCACACUCGAGUUCUGGACUUUGACGUGAAGCGACGCUAUUUCCGUCACGAGCUCGAACGACUAGAUGAAGGAUCCCGCAGAGAAGAUCUGGCAGUGCAUGUACGCCGUGAGCAUGUGUUCGAAGACUCCUUCCGAGAGCUGCACAGAAGACCUCCUGAAGAGUGGAAGAACCGCUUCUACAUUGUGUUUGAGGGUGAAGAAGGUCAGGAUGCAGGUGGACUCCUUCGAGAGUGGUACACUAUAAUCUCUCGUGAAAUCUUUAACCCAAUGUACGCAUUGUUCACAACAUCUCCCGGUGACAGAGUCACGUAUAUGAUCAAUCCGUCAUCACACUGCAACUCAAACCACCUAAGCUACUUCAAAUUUGUAGGGCGAGUCAUUGCCAAGGCAGUUUAUGACAACAAACUCUUGGAAUGCUACUUCACAAGAUCCUUCUACAAGCACAUCUUGGGCAAACCAGUCAAGUACACAGACAUGGAAAGUGAAGACUACUCUUUCUAUCAGGGCCUGGUGUUCUUAUUAGAAAAUGGGGUCAGGGCACUAGGAUAUGAACUCACAUUCAGUGUAGAGGUUCAGGAGUUCGGAGUGACUGAGGUGAGGGACCUGAAACCUGGAGGGCGUCACCUCCCUGUUACAGAGGAGACAACUCAGGAGUACGUACGACUUGUCUGCCAGGAAAAAAUGACUGGUGCCAUCCGCAAACAGCUGAAUGCAUUCCUUGAGGGCUUCUAUGAGAUGAUCCCCAAGCGUCUGAUAGCCAUCUUUAAUGAACAGGAACUGGAGUUGCUAAUCUCCGGUCUACCCAGCAUCGAUGUUGAUGACUUGCGGUCCCAUACGGAGUACCACAAGUACCAGCCCAACUCACUGCAGAUUCAGUGGUUUUGGAGAGCCCUUCGUUCUUUUGACCAGGCUGAUAGAGCAAAGUUUCUGCAGUUUGUGACUGGAACAUCCAAGGUGCCAUUACAGGGGUUUGCUGCCCUCGAGGGCAUGAAUGGUGUGCAAAAGUUCCAAAUUCACAGAGAUGACCGGUCAACGGAUAGACUACCGUCAGCCCACACAUGUUUCAACCAGCUGGACCUGCCAGCAUAUGAGACGUACGACAAGCUGCGCUGUAUGCUGCUCAAGGCUAUCCAGGAGUGCACAGAAGGCUUUGGCUUUGCCUGAGUAAUUGCAGCAACCUCUGUGAUGUGUACAGACAUCAUAAUCUUGUCUUUUUUUAUUUUUGUACAGUGUUAUAACCCUACUUGCUGUUGUUUUGUCACAAUGGAGGCGCAUGAUUUUGUCCAUAGGAAGCAGCCAUUGUCUAGGUUCCUUCAGCAGGAAGCAGUGUAAAACGUUAGAAAUAUAUGGGCUUUAUAUUUGA